UUAAAAGAUACAACAAAAUGGCGAUGUCGGUGGAGGUGAAAGGAGAAAAGUUAAAAGAAGAUUUUGAUGAUCUGCUAACUUGUACAAUCUGUUUGGAGAUCUUCAAAGCACCUAAGUAUCUGCCGUGUCUGCAUACGUUUUGUAAGUCGUGUAUUAAUACAUAUAUUGUUUCAACCGUGAAAGACAAUAACCCAAGUGGAUUUAAAUGUCCCGUAUGUCGUCGGUCUGUGCCAAUAGAUGAUGAGCAGCCUGAAACGUGGGCUAAUAAUUUACCCGGGAACCAUUUUAUCGUAUCACUCAUAGAUAAAAGGGAAUUACAGAAACCCGAUAAGCUAUGUGAUACUUGUGAUCAGGACAAACAGAAAGCUAUUUCAUUCUGUACUAUUUGUGAAGAAGCAUACUGUGAAUCGUGCAGAAAGGCCCACACAAUUUACAAAAUGUUGAAAAGUCAUAAAUUAGUACCCAUUAAAGAUAUCAAUGCAGACACUUCCGUUUCCGGUCUAUAUGCGCAUGUCACUUGUAAAGAACAUCCCGACAAGACAAUAGAAGUGUACUGUCAGGAUCAUUCAAAACCGUGUUGUACAGUUUGUGCCACUGUCCACCACAGAAAAUGUGAACAAGUUGUGACUAUUGAUAAGGCGGUGGCUGGGAUUAAAGAAUCCGAAAAAGCAAGAAACCUGAUGACGAAAUUAACAGAAACGAGUAACACAUUGGGCAAAGUUCUUCAGAACCUAAAGACUAAUAAGGAAAAUUUUGAAAAUGGCACAGAAACAGUUCUUCAAGAAAUCCUAACUUUGCGAGAAAAAGUUUGUAAACAUUUAAAUGCACUAGAGCAGAAACUUCGGGAUGAGGCCAACAGUGGAAGGAAAGAAAAUGUAAUUAAGCUUGAUGAAGAAAUGACAUAUUUCUCCAGCCAAAAAAAUACAAUUGAUAAUUGGAAGACUUUAUUCGAAGCUUGUUUAUCUCAAGGUUCAGAAAUACAAUGUCUGGUCAAGAUGGAUGAGAUUCUAAAUAACCUUUCUCAAACUGAAAAAGACAUUUCUAAACUUUUACAAGAAAUAAGGGCUAUAUCCGUAAAGUUUGAACAUAAAGAUAUCAUUUCAGACAUUACCUCUCUCGGCAGUUUGAUUUUUGAUGAGCAACGGCAUUCUGCAUAUAAUAUUCCCGGAAGGAAGAUAGCAAAUUUCCAUACAGGAAAAAUCAGAGUCGCGUUCACAAUUGAUGUGACAAUAUCUGCGGUAAGUGGGAUAUUCCUUAAUAAUGAUAUCAUUUUGACACAUUAUUGUCAAAAAAAGAUCGUAUAUUACGACAACAAAGGGCAGCAACAAGAACAGCUACAAGUUCCUCACAAUUUAACAGACAUAACAAAAGUGGAUGGUCAAACUGUUGCCGUGUCUUCAAAUGAAAAUAAGAUAGUUGUUAUUAACGUUAAACCGCUGUGUAUCUCUAAGAUAUUAAAUAUAAGCAACCCUGUGUGGGGUAUUUCGUUCUGUGAAAACGAAUAUGUUACUGCUAAUGGUCAAUUAAUUUCUUGGUUAAAUGCUGAAAAUGGUACAGUAGUUAGAAGUCAACAAACCACAGUAGACACUAGACAUGUUUAUUGCUACACGAAAAAUGACUACAUCUACUGGGAUAGCGGAAAUUCUAUUAAAAGAGAGAGCAAUGAAGGAAAAGGCUUUACGUACAACCAUAGUCUAUUGCAACGCCCCUAUUUUCAAGACGUAGAUAGCGACGGAAACAUUUAUACAACCGGGUAUGGUUCUAGAAACAUUCACCAGUUAACAUCUACUGGAAAACUCGUGCGGAUCAUUCCCAUAUCGGAUAUAGAUAACACCAUCACAGCUAGUCCGUGGGUAAUACGGUUCCAGCCAAACAGUAACAGAUUUCUAUUAACAUUUGAUGGUAGUGCUUCCAAAGUCCUUGUGUGUGAAAUUGAUUAG